UGGAUCUCACUCAAUUUAGAUCACAUGCAUUUUUUUCCUUCAACUAUCUUGGUUUGUGUGCAUUAAUCUUUAAAGUGCUGUAAAGACUAAAGUCUGAGAACAUGCAUGUUUUUGGUCUUUGCAAUGACUACUUGUUGUGUCUAAAACAAGUUAUUUCUAUUACAAGUUCUGCAAAUUGUUCCUCCUUUUUCAGACAAGUCUAAUGCUAAAGGUUUGCACCAAACCAUCACUUGAAUCAUUUAAAUGUCUAUUUACAAACCAAAAUGCAAGUUGCAUAAGAGAGGAUUCAAUUGAAAACACUGUUAAAUUGUGAAAUGGCCAAGAAGGGUUGGUUUAGCAUUGUAGAGAGAAUCUUUACACAUUCCACUCAAGAGAAGAAGGAGAAAAGAAGAAAGUGGGUAUUUGGGAGGCUAAAGAGCAAGAGAUUUCCUUUAAUUGAAGCACCGCCGCCAUUAAAAGAAACACGGUUAAGUGAAGCUGAAGAAGAACACAACAGGCAUGCUUUAACAGUAGCCAUUGCUUCAGCUGAAGCUGCUCUAACUGCUGCUCAGAUUGCAGUUGAGGUUGUUAAGUUCCAAUCUGUUCAUCAAUGUAAAGGAAAACUAGAAGAAGUCAAGGAUGAUGCUUCAAUAUCCGCACACAAGUGCAAGAAGAAGAUUGAAGAAUCUGCAGCCAUCAAAGUUCAAACAGCAUUUAGAGGCUACCUUGCGAGGAAAGCUUUGAGGGCAUUGAAGGGAAUUGUGAAGCUUCAGGCUAUCAUUCGUGGCAGAGCUGUAAGACGGCAGGCUAUGAAUACUCUGAAGUGCUUGCAAUCCAUUGUGAGUAUCCAGUCACAUGUCAUUGCAAGGAAACUCCAGAAUGUUGAAGGAAGACGGGAUUGUGGUGAAUACGAAGAGAUGCAAGGCUCAAGAGACAAGAUCAUAAGGAUGGAUUCAAACAGCGAGAGAAAGUGGGAUCACAGCGUUUUAACUAAGAAAGAGGUAGAUUCUUCUAGCAUAAGCAAGAAAGAAGCUGCUACUAGGAAAGAAAGAGUAAAAGAAUACUCAUAUAACCAUAGGAAAUCAGCUGAAUCAGAAAGAAACAAAAUAAAUGGAAGAUGGAGGUACUGGAUGGAGCAGAGGGUUGACGCGCAACAUUCUAAGAGUAAAGAACUUGAAGAUUUAGAGUCAGUUUUCAGCUCACAUUGUGGAGCAGUAGAAGAUUGUGGAAGAAGACAACUAAAGCUUAGACAUGUUCAGAAACAAAAUGAAGUUGAAGGAUUAGAUUCACCAAUACUAUCUUCAAGAAACUCUUUUCCCCAAAGGAGUCGAAGUUCUGAGAGAGAAGAUUACUCAUUUCCAAGAUCUCCUGCAAUUCCAACAUAUAUGGCUGCAACAAAAUCAACACAGGCGAAAGUAAGAUCAACAAGUACCCCAAAAACAAGGAUAGGAGGGAAUUGGGACAUAAACUACGAUUGCGAUUGACCGUGCAAGAGAAAGCUAAGUAAUAAUCUACAAGGAUCACCUAGCUUAAAAGGCUUUCAAGGCCUUGAAAAAUCAAGCGGAAAGUAUGAAGGAUUUCGGCAUUGAUUGUUUUUAAGCUUUAAUGGCUGAACUAUGAUCUAUUAGGCUCUACCAAUUCACUGUCCAUCUCAGUUUUAAGGCUGAAUAUCAAUUCCAGCUCUAUGAUUUCAAUCAUGUUACAUUUUUCAGUAUAGUUUUAUAAGCUAGCAAAUGCAACCAACACUUUUCAUUCAUCCAACAUCACUAGUUAGAAUAUCAUAUUUUUG